AUGACAAGCAUGCAAACCAAAGCUUCAACAAAUGAAAAGCAGAGAAGUGCUAUAAUUAUGGAAAGAAAGGACACUAUGCUAGAGAUUGCUGGUACAAGAAACCUGAAGGUAACGUACCUACUUCUUCCCAUAACCAACAAUAAGAAGAAAAAGCUUGGGAUUUUGAGACCUCUUAUGCAGUUGAAGAAACUAAUCAACAAGAUGAGUUUGUCACAUGUCACUCUAACAAAGAAGAGGAGAUUGCACUCGCAACUAUCACGCCAUAAAUCUGUUGAUUAUACUGUUUUUCAUCAUUAUCGUGCUGAAGUAUUUUGUAAAAUAAUUGAUUGGCAAUUACAAGAACUCAAUGAUUGUUUUAGUGACGUGACACCUGAGUUUCUUUAUGGAGUUGCUUGUUUGAAUCCGAUAGACUCAUUUUCAAGUUUUGAUAUUCAGAAAAUAAUGAGAAUGACUGAAUUAUAUCCCGAAGACUUUGAUGAACUUAACAUGUUUGCACUUGAGAAUCAACUUGCAAAUUACAUUAUUGAUGUCCGUGAUAUCAAUAAGAGGUUCUCUAAUUUACAUGGGCUUUGUGAUCUUUCAAAAAGAUUGAUUCAGACAAAAAAGCAUUCAUGUUAUCCUCAUGUAUUUCGUUUGGUGAAAUUUGCUUUGCUUCUGCCAGUUGCCACUACAUCGGUUAAAAAAGCUUUCUCAGGAAUGAACUUUAUUAAGAAUGAGUUGCAAAGUCAAAUGAAUGAUGAGUCUUGA